AUGGAGGGAGAUUCUGUUACUCUACACAUUGAUAUUAAAUUAAAAACAGGUGAUGUGAUCGAUUGGGUUUUUGGACUUAAAGGGUCUCUCAUAGCUCAAAUCAAUGGAGCAAAUAAGACAUCAAUAUAUGAUGUUUUUGAUGUGAGAUUCAGAGACAGACUGCAGGUGAAUUAUCAGACUGGAGAUCUCGCCAUCACAAACAUCACAACUCAACACACUGGACUUUAUCAAGUUACUAUCACCAGCGGGACGGUGUCAUCACACAGAUUCAAUGUUACUGUCUAUGCUUGUCUGUCUGUUCCUGUCAUCACUAGAGACUCUUGUUCAAGCUCAAGCUGUUCAUUAUUGUGUUCAGUGUUAAAUGUGAGAGAUGUGAGUCUGUCCUGGUACAAAGGAAACAGUUUAUUGUCCAGCAUCAGUGUGUCUGAUCUCAACAUCAGACUCUCUCUACCUCUGGAGGUUGAAUAUCAGGAUACAAACACAUACAGCUGUGUACUCAACAAUACCAUCACAAACCAAACUCAACAUCUCAACAUCACUCAUCUCUGUCAGUCAUGUUCAGACUGUUUUUGCUGUUGUUAUGGUCCUGAAGCUGCAAUUCGAUUGGUCGUCUCUGCUCUGGUGGGUGUGGCUACUGUUGCUGUUUUGGUUUAUGGCAUUUAUGACAACUUAAACUGAAAUGAACAAAAGAAAAACAUCACAGGCACCAUCAGACCAUCACUGAUAAAUUGUACUUUCUAGUUUCUCUGAAGUUUAAUAUAAUUUUAAAACAUACUAUCUUUUAGGGUUUUCACCUGUCAUACAUUUUAUAUUUUUAGUAUACUUCUAUGAUUUUAAUGUUUAAGGUUGGUCGGUUGAACAUGUUCAUGUUGUGCUCUUAACAAAUUUUUUUUUUUAAAUAAAUAAAAAUAUCUUAUGCCAUUGCCCUUAAUUUUGUAGUCAUUCAUUAUGAUCAUAAUCAUUUAAUCCCAUCGGGAUGUAAGUGGGAACUUGCGAGAAACAGUCUUGGCCAGUUAUUUUCCCCAAUGGUGGUAAAGCAGAGAGU